GUUGACUGAUGAAUUGGUGGGCAAUCGAGGAGAAAAAAUUCGGUUGUGAUGUUUUCUUUUCCUUCCCGAUACUGUAAAACCGAAAAACUGAUCCGUUUACAUGUAUCAGAAUCACCAACUGUUUGACUCGGUUUAAGUUGAGUAGGGCCUAACUUUGCCCCCCUGUCUGGGUCGCCAAUUUCUGAGUUUCAUAUUUAGGGUUGCAUUUCUGGAGAUCGAAUUUUCCCUUGUUUCGUACCACAUAACCCAUCAAUAUCUGCCAAUCCAAGCCCCCGGUGUCUGUAUCCUUCGUCACGUUUUGAUCUCUCAGUUUUCUGCCCUUCAAAAUCUAUGGAUUUGUGAUAUUAUACGUGGCAGUUGAAUUAGGGACCCUGUUGCUUCUGCCCCGGUGGUUUCAUACACCGAUUCUGGGGCGCUGGCUUCUUGAAGCUGUCUUGCGGGUCGUCAACAUUUCCGGGUCCUGAAACUGAGGCGGUGUCGUAUAGCUUUGCAUUUGCAUUCCCGUUGUGGGCAUCAUGGCUGAUCUUCAAGUUAGUUCGCCGCGAAUGAACGGCGCCGUAAUUGCGGAGGAUCGCCUGUGCUCGUCCCCACCAUCGUCGCCGCUACCUCCGUCAAACCCGGAUCCUUCGUCGGUUGAGGCAGAAGCUUGGUCAAGAGCCGAGAAAACGACCCGUGACAUAUUGUGUAGGAUACAACCCACGUUGGGCGCCGACCAGAGAAGGAAGGAGGUCGUUGGUUAUGUACAGAGAUUGAUUAAAUUUGGUGUUGGAUACGAGGUCUUCCCGUAUGGAUCAGUUCCAUUAAAAACAUAUCUUCCCGAUGGAGAUAUUGAUUUGACUGCACUUAGUGGUCAAAAUAUUGAGGACGCAUUAGUAUCUGAUAUUCAUGCUGUCUUAAGGGGAGAGGAAAUCAAUGAAGCUGCUGAAUAUGAAGUGAAGGAUGUUCGUUUCAUUGACGCUGAGGUUAAGCUUGUCAAGUGCAUCGUACAGAAUAUUGUGGUAGAUAUUUCUUUCAAUCAGUUGGGAGGACUCUGUACAUUAUGUUUUCUUGAAAAGGUUGAUCGUCUUGUUGGCAAGGAUCAUCUUUUCAAGCGUAGUAUUAUCUUGAUAAAAGCUUGGUGCUAUUAUGAGAGUCGUAUCCUUGGUGCUCACCAUGGUCUGAUUUCAACAUAUGCUUUGGAAGCACUAGUUCUUUAUAUUUUCCACCAAUUUCAUUUAUCCUUAGAUGGUCCGCUAGCAGUUCUAUAUAGAUUUUUGGAUUACUUCAGCAAAUUUGAUUGGGACAAUUAUUGCGUUAGUUUGAGGGGGCCAGUUAGGAAGUCUUCACCGCCAGAUAUAGUAGCCGAGGCGCCAGAAAAUGGGAAUUCUUUGCUUCUAACAGAAGAAUUUAUCAGGAAUUGUGUGGAAUCAUUUUCAGUUCCUUCAAGGGGGCUUGAGCAAAACAUGCGAGCAUUUCCUCAGAAACAUCUUAACAUCAUUGAUCCAUUAAAGGAAAAUAACAAUCUUGGGCGCAGUGUUAAUAGAGGCAAUUUUUAUCGAAUACGCAGUGCCUUUAAGUAUGGAGCACGUAAACUUGGUUGGAUUCUUAUGUUACCCAAGGAUAAAAUAGAUGAUGAGCUGAAUAAGUUCUUUGCAAACACUUUGGAUAGGCAUGGAAGCGCACAGUGGGGUGACUUUGCGUUGCCUAGUCUAGCUUAUAGCACAAGAGCUUUUGACUUCUCAUCCUCCUCUGACUCCAAAUCAUUAUCAGAGGACAUGGCACUUCUUAGUUUGUCAGGUGGAUUUAAUAAAGAUACUAUGAUGGGAGGUCCACGUAACUCUGAAGUCAGAGAUGAAAGGGAGCAAAAUGUAGUGAAAGAUGUCUCUGCCCAUGCAGGGCCAUCAUACGACUCCAGUCAAGAUAAAAAUGCAGUUUCAGGGUAUUUUCCUGGUGAAGAUGUUAAGGAUGUUGCUACUUCUGGAGUCUUGUGUAUGUCGAGUAAUGGUUCAUCAUAUUCACAUUUGAGGACUCUCUUAAAUAAUUCAGUGUCAGGGAAGCAUUUAACACAUUUUAAUCUUGGCUUGCUAAGGGAAAAUGGGGAUGUGGAAAAUGGGAUUUCUUGUACCGAAUCAACUGUGAAUUCUGUUUUUGAUGAGAAAGAGAAGCAUAGUAUGGUGAGCAGUUCAGUCUGUUCAAAUAACAAUGAGAAAAGCAUGCCAUCUUAUGGUUUGGGAGUUUUGCACAAUGCUGCUGAUAACUUAGACAACGAGAAAAGCAUGCCAUCUUCUCAUGGUGAUAGAUGCACUGAAAGUGUUUCUUGGGGCUCUGAAGCUUCGAAAGUUUUGUUGGACCUGACUGGAGAUUAUGACAGUAACAUUAGGAACCUACAAUAUGGUCAGAUUUGCCAUGGUUAUUCUGUCUCUCCAAUUGUGGUACCUAGUCCUCCCAUGUCUCCAAAGUUGCAGAAUAGGAAUCCAUGGGAAACUGUUCGUCAGUGUUUACAGAUUAAUCACAACAUUCUUCCUCAGACAAACUCUAACGGUAUUGCUGUGGGACAACAACUUUAUGUUGUAAAUCAACCUACGCUACCCAUUGCCUCGUUUGGUCCUGAAGAGAAGAGAAAACCACGAGGGACAGGAGCAUACUUCCCCAAUAUGGCUUCCCGUCCGUACAAGGACAGGGCAGCACCAGGAAGGGGUAGGGGGCUAGUUCCUGGGACUCAUGGACAGCUGCAGAGAUUCACACGUAAAUAUGGAAUGGCUCCAGCUCCGCAAGAGGUGAAUGUGUCUAUGGACGGUAUCUUUGAGUCUGCAUUAGAAGGGUAUCCAGUUAUUGGCAGUAUUAGACCCAGAUUGUCAGAAACAUAUUUCUCUCAACCUUCCUCACGGGGAUCUCAAUAUUCUAAUGGUUUCCUUCAUCCAUCUGAGAAACAUGAGGCUGACAUUUUUAGCUCUCAGCUGCGUGGACCACCAAGAACUGAAGCAAGCAGUCAUCCAGAAUCUGGCAUUUCUAGUUCUGGAUGUCCUGUGCCUAGCUUAGGUGGCAUGGCAGAGGAGAGUUCUAAUUCAAUAUCUGGAGCUAAUCACAUGAGGAUUGAAGCGCAAGCCUAUCAUUUGAAGAAUGAAGAUGACUUCCCUCCACUUUCUCACUGAGUACUACUGAUGAAUGGGGAAUAUGUAAUAGCAUUAACAGUAAUGGUCAAUGCAUGGAAACAACAAUUAUGAGUUGCCUCCCUUUCGGCGGGUGUAGGAUGGCGAUUUUGUAAGAAUGAGAACAAUGUGCACUCAUAUGAAAAUGGAAGAUAGUUUCCCUCCACUCCGGGAAUAUAGAACUGCUAGUUCCAAAUAAGUAGAAAUAUGCUGAGAAUAACAAUAGAUGCUAACAAACUAGGCAUAGCUUUGAUGGAGACUAGGUUUCCUAUUCCCUUUGUUUUCUUGCCCCAGGUGGUCCAUUGUACAGAAGUGCGUGUAAAUACUGUUUCCUUUUUCUUUCCCCUCCAAAGUUUGCAAUUGUUGCCAUUAGUUAGGGGUGUAUAUAUCAGGCAAUGCUUCUGAAAUUUUUGUGUUCCUAGUUCUGUUAUUGUUUUUGUAAAGCCGAAGAUGUUAGAUAUCUCAUGGGAAUGGAUAUACAGGAUUUCUGGCAGUUAGAGUUUAUAUGUUUUAAUUUGGUUUUAAUGCUGACCUUUGGGUUUAGUACAUGAUUUCAUGCA